AAACAAGUCACUUUUGAAAAGGGUAUGCGUGUGUGUGUCUUUGCCUGCGUGUGUCUGUGUGACUGAUAGGCAACUUACCCCUUCUUUAUUAUUUUUUUUUUUUGUAAAAAAAAUGUUGUCUGCAGAACCAGCCUAUGCUCUUGCCAGAGCUACCUUUAAGCGUGCUCAACGUGGUUUAUUUGGAGGAAAGCAUAUUCAAUUUGGUAACAAUAAUCCUUUCUCAAAGAAAAAGACAAGACGCAACUGGUUACCCAACGUUCAAAACAAAAACUUGUAUUCAGAGACACUCUCAAAGUUUAUUGAACUCAAAGUAACAACAUCCGUCUUGCGUACUAUUGACAAAAAGGGUGGAUUAGACAAAUAUUUAUUAGAGACAAAGGACAAGAAUUUGUUUAGUGAAAAGGCACUUGAAUUAAAGGCAAAAAUACUUCGUCAACAAAAAGUACAAGCAAAGAUUGCAGAAAAAGCAGCAAACAAGGCAGAAUCAGUCACUGUUGCCUAAGAUCAUUUGUGUGUGUAUAAUAAAAAACAGUAGAUCUUUCUCUCCCUCUCUCUUUU